UUGUGUUGGAAAAUCAAACUGCGCCACCGGGUAGAGCGGCCCCCCCAGCCCCUGUAUGGGAGAGGGGGGGCCCGCUCGACCCCCGAGAGGCCUUGAGGAUCCUGAAUAUCUGGGACCCCCAGAACCAGGUUCCCCCAGGCACCAUGUCAGCCUCAUAGCAAGACCCACCAGGACUUCUGUUGUACCCCAUCGCUGGAGUGCUUGUUCCAAUGAGACAGUCCACUUCCAACUCCAUCUGGCUGUUACUGAGGCGGAGACAAGGGUGAUGAUUGGCUUUCUGGGGAUAGAGAAGUCUGGUGAUUGGCUAAAUUUCUGAAGCUCUUGAAGCUGUGAGAGGACGCUCCCACGGAGGCUGGAAUUGGUUGCAGAGAAGGCCAGAGACUGUCACCUGGAAACAGUGGGCACUCUUGUUAAGGGCAGUUGGAGCUGGACCAUCGCGCCAGAGAGCUGGGGCAGGGGGCCGUGCCCCAUCUCCAGGGCUCCUGGGGCCACUGCUGACCUGGCUGGAUGCAUCGGGCAGUGGACCCUCCAGGGGCCCGCUCUGCACGGGAAGCCUUUGCCCUUGGGGGCUUGAGCUGUGCUGGGGCUUGGAGCUCCUGCCCACCCCAUCCUCCUCCCAGAAGCUCAUGGCUGCCUGGAGGCAGGUGCUCUGCCAGCAUUGGGCAGCCCCCACUCUCUGCUCCUUUACCCCCUUCUCAUGGCAGUAGCUCCGGGCACCCUAACAAACCCUAUUAUACUCCUGGGACACCCACCCCAAGACCCCUCCAUGGGAAGUUGGAGUCCCUCCAUGGCUGUGUACAGGCAUUGCUCCGCGAGCCGGCCCAGCCAGGGCUAUGGGAGCAGCUUGGGCAGCUGUACGAGUCAGAGCAUGACAGUGAGGAGGCCGUGUGCUGCUACCACAGGGCCCUUCGAUAUGGAGGAAGCUUCGCCGAGCUGGGGCCCCGAAUCGGACGAUUGCAGCAGGCCCAGCUCUGGAACUUUCAUGCUGGUUCCUGUCAGCACAGAGCCAAGGUCCUGCCCCCCCUGGAGCAAGUGUGGAAUUUGCUGCAUGGUGAGCACAAACGGAACUAUGGGACUAAGCGAGGGGGCCCUCCAGUGAAGAGAUCCGCUGAACCCCCAGUGGUCCAGCCUAUGCCUCCUGCAGCACUCUCAGGCCCCUCAGGAGAGGAGGGCCUCAGCCCUGGUGGGAAGCGCAGGAGAGGCUGCAGCUCUGAACAGGCUGGCCUUCCCCCAGGUCUGCCACUCCCUCCACCACCCCCACCCCCACCACCACCCCCACCUCCACCUCCACCACCACCACCACCACCACCACCACCGCUGCCUGGCCUGGCUAUUAGCCCCCCAUUUCAGCUGACUAAGCCAGGGCUGUGGAAUACCCUGCAUGGAGAUGCUUGGGGCCCCGAGCGCAAGGGUUCAGCACCCCCAGAGCGCCAGGAGCAGCGGCACUCGCUGCCUCACCCAUAUUCAUAUCCAGCUCCUGCCUACACUGCUCAUCCGCCCAGCCAUCGGCUGGUCCCGGCCACACCCCUUGGUCCAGGUCCCCGACCCCCAGGAGCAGAGAGCCAUGGCUGCCUGCCUGCCACCCGUCCCCCCGGAAGUGACCUUAGAGAGAGCAGAGUUCAGAGGUCGCGGAUGGACUCCAGCGUUUCACCAGCAGCAUCUACCGCCUGCGUGCCUUACGCCCCUUCCCGGCCCCCCGGCCUCCCCGGCACCAGCAGCAGCAGCAGCAGCAGCAGCAGCAGCAGCAGUAGCAGUAACAACACUGGUCUUCGGGGUGUGGAGCCGAGCCCAGGCAUUCCUGGCGCUGACCAUUACCAAAACCCUGCGCUGGAGAUGUCCCCUCACCAGGCCCGCCUGGGUCCCUCCGCACACAACAGUCGGAAACCAUUUUUGACGGCCCCUGCUGCUGCUCCCCACUUAUCCCUACCACCCGGGACCCCAUCAUCCCCUCCACCCCCAUGUCCUCGCCUCCUGCGCCCCCCACCACCCCCUGCUUGGAUGAAGGGCUCAGCCUGCCGCUCAGGCUCAGCCCGAGAGGACGGAGGAGAGAUCUUGGGGGAGCUCUUUUUUGGUGCUGAGGGACCUCCCCGUCCUCCCCCAUCCCUUCCCCACCGCGAUGGCUUCUUGGGGCCUCCAAACCCCCGCUUUUCUGUGGGCACUCAGGAUUCGCACACCCCUCCCGCUCCCCCAACCACCACCACCACCACCAGCAGCAGCAGCAGCAACAGCCACAGCAGUAGUCCUACUGGGCCUGUGCCCUUCCCACCACCCCCCUAUCUGGCCAGAAGUAUAGAUCACCUCCCCAGGCCAUCCAGCCCAACCUUGAGCUCCCGGGACCCACCUCUUCCACCACUGACUCUUGCCCUGCCUCCAGCCCCUCCCUCCUCCUGCCACCAAAAUACCUCAGGAAGCUUCAGGCGCUCGGAGAGCCCCAGGCCCAGGGUCUCCUUCCCAAAGACCCCCGAGGUGGGGCAGGGGCCACCCCCAGGUUCUCUGAGUAAAGCCCCUCAGCCUGUGCCACCUGGGGUUGGAGAGCUGCCCGCCCGAGGCCCGAGGCUCUUUGAUUUUCCACCGACUCCGCUGGAGGACCAGUUUGAAGAGCCAACUGAAUUCAAGAUCCUACCUGAUGGGCUAGCUAACAUCAUGAAGAUGCUGGACGAAUCCAUUCGAAAGGAGGAGGAGCAGCAGCAGCAGGAGGCAGGCGUGGUUCCCCCACCCCCACUCAAAGAGCCCUUUGCAUCUCUACAACCUCCAUUUCCCAGUGACACAGCCCCAGCCACCACCACUGCUGCUGCCACCACCGCCGCUGCAGCCACUACCACCACCACCACCACCACCACCCAAGAAGAGGAGAAGAAGCCACCACCAGCCCUGCCACCACCACCGCCUCUAGCCAAGUUUCCUCCACCUCCCCAGCCACAGCCCCCACCACCUCCACCAGCCAGCCCAGCCAGCCUGCUCAAAUCAUUGGCCUCUGUUCUUGAGGGACAAAAGUACUGUUACAGGGGGACUGGAGCAGCCGUUUCAAGCAGGCCUGGGUCCGUGCCCGCCACUCAGUAUUCCCCAAGUCCCGCAUCAGGUGCUACCGCCCCACCACCCACUUCAGUGGCCCCUGGCGCCCAGGGCUCCCCCAAGCCCUCUGUUUCCUCGUCAUCUCAGUUCUCUACCUCAGGCGGGCCUUGGGCCCGGGAGCGCAGGGCAGGUGAAGAGCCAGCACCAGGCCCUGUGACCCCUGCCCAGUUGCCCCCACCUCUGCCGCUGCCCCCUGCUCGUUCUGAGUCUGAGGUGCUAGAAGAAAUCAGUCGGGCUUGUGAGACCCUUGUAGAGCGGGUGGGCCGCAGUGCCAUCAACCCAGCAGACCCAGUGGACAUAGCAGACCCAGUGGACGGUGGGACUGAGCCACAGCCGACUCCGGCACAGGCCAAGGAGGAGAGUGGGGGGGUGGCCGCCACGGCAGCAGGUCCAGGUAGCGGCAAGCGUCGUCAGAAGGAGCAUCGGCGGCACAGACGGGCCUGCAGGGACAGUGUGGGUCGUCGACCCCGUGAGGGGAGGACCAAGGCCAAGGCUCCCAAAGAAAAAAGCCGAAGGGUGCUGGGGAACCUGGACUUGCAGAGUGAAGAGAUCCAGGGCCGGGAGAAGGCCCGGCCUGAUGUAGGUGGGGCUUCCAAAGUCAAGACACCCACAGCUCCAAUGCCCCCACCUGCUCCUGCACCCUCUGCUCAGCCAACACCCCCAUCAGCUCCUGUCCCUGGGAAGAAGACUCGAGAGGAAGCUCCAGGGCCUCCAGGUGUGAGCCGCGCAGAUAUGCUGAAGCUUCGGUCACUUAGUGAGGGCCCUCCCAGGGAGCUGAAGAUCAGGCUGGUCAAGGUAGAGAGUGGGGACAAGGAGACCUUUAUCGCCUCAGAGGUGGAAGAGCGGCGGCUGCGCAUGGCAGACCUCACCAUCAGCCACUGUGCUGCUGAUGUCAUGCGUGCCAGCAAGAAUGCUAAGGUGAAAGGGAAAUUUCGAGAGUCCUACCUUUCCCCUGCCCAGUCUGUGAAACCGAAGAUCAACACUGAGGAGAAGCUGCCCCGGGAAAAACUCAACCCCCCUACACCCAGCAUCUAUUUGGAGAGCAAACGAGAUGCCUUCUCGCCGGUCCUGCUACAGUUCUGUACAGACCCUCGGAACCCCAUCACGGUCAUCAGGGGCCUGGCUGGUUCACUUCGGCUAAACUUAGGCCUUUUCUCCACCAAGACUCUGGUGGAGGCGAGCGGAGAGCAUACAGUGGAGGUCCGUACCCAAGUGCAGCAGCCCUCAGAUGAGAACUGGGACCUGACAGGUACCAGACAGAUCUGGCCCUGUGAGAGCUCCCGUUCACACACCACCAUCGCUAAAUAUGCACAGUACCAGGCCUCGUCCUUCCAGGAGUCACUGCAGGAGGAGAAGGAGAGUGAGGAUGAGGAGUCUGAGGAACCAGACAGCACUACAGGAACCUCCCCCAGCAGUGCACCGGACCCCAAGAACCAUCACAUCAUCAAGUUUGGCACUAACAUCGACCUGUCCGAUGCCAAGAGGUGGAAGCCACAGCUGCAAGAGCUGCUGAAACUGCCUGCCUUCAUGCGAGUAACGUCCACAGGCAACAUGCUUAGCCAUGUGGGCCACACCAUCCUGGGCAUGAACACCGUGCAGCUUUACAUGAAGGUCCCUGGCAGCCGAACGCCAGGCCACCAAGAGAAUAACAAUUUCUGCUCUGUCAAUAUCAACAUUGGCCCUGGGGACUGUGAGUGGUUCGCGGUACAUGAGCACUAUUGGGAGACCAUCAGCGCCUUCUGUGAUCGGCAUGGUGUGGACUACUUGACCGGUUCCUGGUGGCCAAUCUUGGAUGACCUCUAUGCGUCCAAUAUUCCUGUUUACCGCUUCGUGCAGCGCCCUGGAGACCUGGUGUGGAUUAAUGCAGGGACUGUGCAUUGGGUGCAGGCUACUGGCUGGUGCAACAACAUUGCCUGGAACGUGGGGCCCCUCACUGCCUAUCAGUACCAGCUGGCCCUGGAGCGCUAUGAGUGGAACGAAGUGAAGAACGUCAAGUCCAUUGUGCCCAUGAUUCAUGUGUCCUGGAACGUAGCUCGAACGGUCAAGAUCAGCGAUCCUGACUUGUUCAAGAUGAUCAAGUUCUGCCUCCUGCAGUCAAUGAAGCACUGUCAGGUGCAGCGGGAGAGUCUGGUGCGGGCAGGGAAGAAAAUCGCUUACCAAGGCCGCGUCAAGGAUGAGCCUGCCUACUACUGCAACGAAUGCGACGUGGAGGUGUUCAACAUCCUGUUCGUCACGAGUGAGAACGGCAGCCGAAACACGUAUCUGGUGCACUGCGAGGGCUGUGCGCGCCGUCGCAGCGCGGGCCUACAGGGCGUGGUGGUGCUGGAGCAGUACCGCACCGAGGAGCUGGCGCAGGCCUACGAUGCCUUCACACUGGCUCCCGCCAGCACGUCGCGAUGAGGCCGGACGCCCCGCUCGCCCGCCCACGCUGGGCGCGGCGGGGCCACCAGCACACGCCUGGGCUGGACCUAGGUCCCGCCUCUGGCCGGGAAGGGGGUCGGGCCCAGCCCUUCCACCCUAUUGGCAGCUCCCCUCACUUAAUUUAUUAA